ACUUGCGUUAUAGUUAUGCAGCGUUUUCUUUGCACGUUUUAUGCUUUUUGUUUUUUGCUAACAGUAGAAGUUUAUCUGGCGGCGAAUUCUAAUACCCAAUACUGGGACAUGCAAGAAGAGAACAAAACGAGAGCACAGACCUGCGUAGGAGGAGACAAGAAGGGCUGCACACGGUUGCACUGUAAAAGCCAUAACAAACACCACCUUUCUAUUUCUCACCAGUUGGCUCACGGCUGUUGCUCGACGAUGAGGAAGCUUUAUUUCCUUUGCUUUGCUACCGUUCUUCUUUGUCAGGCUCUUGGCGGUGAGAGACUCUUUCACAGAUGGUAUUUUAAUUCUGGUUGGCAAAAAUUGGAAGCCGAUGGGCAUGGUAACUACGUCAAUUGUAGACAAAAAGAGAAUACAUAUGCAGAGCAAGACUAUUGCGAUUGUGAUUCAAUAUCUUCGCUCGUCAUGAUUAAUCCUUGGAAGACCUAUGAAUUCUCCAUUGACAUCCACGCAUCGCAAAAACAUAUGAGGAACUACUUCGGCUUCUAUGUUUAUGACAGCAACAAAGACAAAAUAGAGGGUAGCUGGAAUAGGCCAUACUUUGAAAACUCUGAUGAUCAUUAUCAUUUGUGGCAAAAAUGGAGAGCAUAUAUUUUUUCUCGUGACACUCCAGACACUGACAAUGAUGGUCAAUCUGAUCCUCAAAACCACAUGACUAAUGGAAAGGACUGGGUAUGGCCAACUAAUGCUAGUUAUGUUGCAUUACGAUUUGGAUCAUGCUAUUACGGCACUGGACGUCUUGUGCUAAAUCGAAAACGCAGACAUCCCAUAGAAUCCGUAGGAGUAACGUGGUUUCGGUACCCGACUGUUCGAGAAAUUGAACAGCCAUUGUCAAUUCUGUUUUCUGAUCGCCGUCAUCCGAAUAUGAGGAUGUUCAAGACAAAAUAUUCGCGAGACUGGUCAACUAUGCCCAAGUACGGUGGGAUGGCAUUUGUAAACGGUAAACACACUCGUAUAGCAAGAGUCACAGAGCAAGGUCAGCAAUGUUACUAUCCGUGGGGCAUUACACGUCAAUUUACGAUUGAUCCAAACAGUACAUAUGAAUUCAGUAUCUGGUUGCUGAGUACAGGCAAAGAUCUACAUAACUUUCUUGGCUUUCAAGUCUAUGACGUGGCAUUCAAUAUUCUUAAUGUCGGAGGCUUAGACAAACCAUACAUCAAAAGAACCAAUAAUGAUACAAAAAUUUGGACACGAUGGAAUGGAUUUGUACUUCCAGCCACAACUGAUCCUAGCAACAUUCCCAAACAUUACAGCAACGGAGUAAGCUGGCAAUUGCCACCGAAUUCUAAGUACGCUCAGCUAAGGUUUGGAACUUGCUAUGGCAAUGGAGACAACGCAGGAAAGAGUUACUUUGCUUACCCUCAAGUCGUAGACUUUGAUCUAGACCCAUAGAUAGACAAAAACAGUCAGACGUCCAUCAUGUUCUUCGGUCUUUCUCUCGAGUAUCAAUAAUUCGUUUCGUUUGUGUUUGUAGUCUGUACUAUGAUGGAACAGUAAAAUUACGCAUGAUUAGCGUUUGUAGCACGUGCCAUGACUUUGGUAUUGUUAUCAGUUUCUUUGCAACAGCACAUGUAACACUGCACAUGUACGUAUAGCUUUUAUGCUAUCAAAUCAAAAACUAAAUUCUA